GCCUCCCGUGGCCUGACUGAAGUAGUUUUGAGCUACUAGUCUACUAAUCACUGGUUGUACAGUAGUAGGUACAAGACAAGGUAGGUAGCGUUCACAUCUUGAAAUGGGGAGCAAGUUCGUUCGGUUUGUAGGGAUGGAUGUUGGCCUGCAUGUUUGGAUGGAUGCUGAAGAUCGCUUUUUUCUUCAUUCUUGAUCAGACGGUCGGAGUGGCAAUAGCAAAGACGUGAGCUCUUCAACUCUACUUUGAUUUUUCCCACUUAUCCUCCACGGAACCCACACUCUCCCAAAAUGAAUUCAAUGGUGGUGCUCAGCGCAAUUUUGGCUACAAUGAGCCAACUCUGUUUGGCUCAGGUGCCUUACCCAUACACGUACGCGCCUGCCUUCAGCUACAGCACGCACGGAACACCCGCUUCCACGGCCAAGGCCAUUCCCCACCAAUUUCUGGCUCAGGCUCCCGCUGUGUAUGGACAUCAGUUGCCUUACUUCUUUCCCGGACCUCAGGCUUUCGGCUAUAACUCUCCCAACCUGUACUUCCCUAUCUCCACUGCUUUCUCUGCUCCCCUGCCAGCCGACCCCUCUGUUCAAGUUUCCAGCCCUAUCUCCGAGACCGCCACCGUUGAAUUAGACACCCCUGCCGCUGUGGCCACCGAGGUCAGUGGUUACGCCAAGGAGAACUUUGCCAUCCGAAGAAUCUUCCCCGUGUUCCAAAGCGAUCUCCGAACCGGUUCCACCACAGUGACCUUCGCUCGCCCCGACCAAGUCCAGGUCCUUCCCAUCACUCAAUCUGAAAGUGACUUUGUCGUGGUCGGCGCGCCCACUGACCUCAACCUUCGAUCCUUUGAGCAGGCUCCUGCCAUCCCCGCCGGUAUUGUCCAAGCUUCCCAGCCUUACUUCCAAACUCGUGGUUCUAUUGCUGUUUAGAUGGAAUUGGUUGCAUUUCACGAAACCCAAACCAAUUCAAACCCCCAAAGCUGAAGAAAUACCCCUUUCUUCUAGUCUAUUCAGUAUAUCAAGCUAUUUCGUUACCUGCGCGGCAGUUCAUGCAUUUCUAACGAUGAACCGCUUCCUUCACCUUGAAGUUACCGUCACUGCCCUUAACCCCAUCAUGCACGACCAAUGACCACUAAAAACUACGAAACUAGAAUGUCUUUUACGACAUUCCAAAUAAAACGAUAGUAAGUUGCUAACGAGAACUUGGUCCCAUACAAAGUUCUUGGGGCAUGAACUGUACAAAAAUACCCACUUAAUCGUUCCAAUAGUCACGGUAUAAAAGAAAGAUCAAAGGAAAAACUCCACAAAGUCGGCAAUAAAAAUCUUAUAAUCUC